CACAGCGAAUGUGUGCAAGAUCUCAGCUAAAAGCUGCUCACUGCAAGAGCACUUUGCUCAGUUUACUUUCGUCAACGUUCGUGUAAAGAUGCAGUCAAUCUUGAAGCUCCGAUAUGCAGUCGCGCUGCUGCUCGCACUGAAUUGCGUUCUACUUUGCGCAGCUCAAGGCAACGGCGGUUUUGGUGGCGGCUCCGGUGCACCCGGUGCUCCCGGCGGUGGCAAUGGUGGCGGCGCACCAGGAGCUCCUGGCGCACCCGGCGGCAGUAGUGGCGGUUACGAUGGCGCACCCGGCGCGCCUGGUGCACCGGCUGACGGCUAUUAUGGCCACCAAAAUCAUAUGAGCAGUUCAGCCGGCUUCACACAGCUCCAAUGGCUGUUGGCUCUGAUACCGCUCACAUUUUUGUUUAGAUGUGCUUAAAGCCUUUAUAAAUAUCUAAUUAUAUGUGAUAUCUUUAUAUAAUUGUGUCGAAUGCUUGCUUUGAGCUUCGGAAAAAGUAUUUACGGUGCACUUUGCAGUCACAAAUUUAUUUUUAUUUUGUAAAUUACGUCUUUAAAUAAAAGUUGAAACGUAAAAGAAUA